GCUCCGCGUCGUGUGAGUUGGCGAGCCCGAGGAGCGGAGGCGGCCACAAGUCUAAUCCGCGUCGUCUGCGCGUUCGUGGGCGAGGAGGAGAAAGAAGAGGAGGAAGAGAGGGAAGGGGGCUUGAUUUGAUUUGGGCGCGUCUCGUGGAGUAUCCGGUUGCCCCUUCUAGUGUGUAACUUGGAGCAAAUUUGGACCCUGAGACGCAAAUCAGUCAUGGCUGGUUCUCUUGCGGCGUCUGCAUUCUUCCCUGUCCCAGGGUCUUCCCCUGCAGCUUCGGCUAGAAGCUCUAAGAACACAACCGGUGAAUUGCCAGAGAAUUUGAGUGUCCGCGGAAUCGUCGCGAAGCCUAAUCCGUCUCCAGGGGCCAUGCAAGUCAAGGCGCAGGCGCAAGCCCUUCCUAAGGUUAAUGGAACCAAGGUUAACCUGAAGACUACAAGCCCAGACAAGGAGGAUAUAAUACCGUACACUGCUCCGAAGACAUUCUAUAACCAAUUGCCAGACUGGAGCAUGCUUCUUGCAGCUGUCACGACCAUUUUCCUGGCAGCUGAGAAGCAGUGGACUCUGCUUGACUGGAAGCCGAAGAAGCCUGACAUGCUGGCUGACACAUUCGGCUUUGGUAGGAUCAUCCAAGACGGGCUGGUGUUUAGGCAAAACUUCUUGAUUCGGUCCUACGAGAUUGGUGCUGAUCGUACAGCUUCUAUUGAGACAUUAAUGAAUCAUUUACAGGAAACAGCUCUGAACCAUGUGAAAACUGCUGGUCUCUUAGGUGAUGGUUUUGGUGCUACGCCGGAGAUGAGCAAACGGAACUUAAUAUGGGUUGUCAGCAAAAUUCAGCUUCUUGUUGAGCGAUACCCAUCAUGGGGAGAUAUGGUCCAAGUUGACACAUGGGUAGCUGCUGCUGGCAAAAAUGGCAUGCGUCGAGAUUGGCAUGUUCGGGACUACAACUCUGGUCAAACAAUCUUGAGGGCUACAAGUGUUUGGGUGAUGAUGAAUAAGAACACUAGAAGACUUUCAAAAAUGCCAGAUGAAGUUAGAGCUGAAAUAGGCCCGUAUUUCAAUGGCCGUUCUGCUAUAUCAGAGGAGCAGGGUGAAAAGUUGCCUAAGCCAGGGACCACAUUUGAUGGCGCUGCUACCAAACAAUUCACAAGAAAAGGGCUUACUCCGAAGUGGAGUGACCUUGAUGUCAACCAGCAUGUGAACAAUGUGAAGUAUAUUGGUUGGAUACUUGAGAGUGCUCCAAUUUCGAUACUGGAGAAGCACGAGCUUGCAAGCAUGACCUUGGAUUACAGGAAGGAGUGUGGCCGUGACAGUGUGCUUCAGUCGCUUACCGCUGUUUCAGGUGAAUGCGAUGAUGGCAACACAGAAUCCUCCAUCCAGUGUGACCAUCUGCUUCAGCUGGAGUCCGGAGCAGACAUUGUGAAGGCUCACACAGAGUGGCGACCGAAGCGAGCUCAGGGCGAGGGGAACAUGGGCUUUUUCCCAGCUGAGAGUGCAUGAGCGCUUCUGUAGUUUAUCCGGCAAGUAACCUCUUUGAGAAGUGCAGAUUCUAACUUGGCUAGCAACACAGGACAAAUGAUUGUUGGUGGGAAAUUUGGCAUGCCGAGCCUGGGUUUUGUGAUGCACACAGCACACAUUCAGAUUUGAAGAUUGAGAGAUGCUUCUUAUUGGCAGCUUGUUCAGAAAGAUGACUAAGCGGUUUGGGAUAAAAUCAGCUGAUUGGGAAACAUUAGCAGGAUGAUAAGCAUGACUGGUGGUACCAAUGAAAAGGGUUGAAAUCCUUUGCAUUGUUCAUUUGUUGUGGAGCAAGAGUGGCCGCAGUUGCUUAUCACACAGGAUGAUGGAGGUGUUUGUGUGAAGCUUAUUGCUGAAGCUGGAUUGUUUUUGACCUGUGUUUCUAAAAGAAAAGGGAAAAGAAGAAGCUGUGGAUUGAGGCCGGAGCAGCAGAGAUAUUACAAUCGACAUAGAUAAAUAAGAUGUAAUACUAAUUUAGCCCAGGUGGUUUGUGUGUGGAGAUGCAAUCCAUUGUAGUAACAGCCUAACUUGUACAUUCUUGCCAUCUUUUUCUUAUUAAUUGAAUGAAUGAAUCGCAGACCUCCUGCGUUUUCAUCAAUAAUUGAAAUGACUUCUGCUUCAUCAAGAAUUGAA